AUGGGCUGGGCUGCCCCUCUCGGGACCCUGCUGCUGCUACUACUACUACUUCUGCGGGUGCCGGCUGCCCGCGGCGCGCCCGGCUCCUGGGGGCUGGCGGAGGAGGAGAGCCUGGAGCAGCAGCCGGGGUACCGCGACCCCUGCAAAGCCGCUGCCUUCUGGGGAGAUAUUGCUUUAGACGAAGAGGACUUGAAGCUGUUUCAGAUAGACAGAACUAUUGAUGUAACAAAGCAUUUGGAUGAGAAUACAAGACACACUACAGGUGGCCUAGGGGAGCAGUCUGCCGGGCCCAGCCAGAACACCACGGCAACCAGUCGUAGUAGCAAAAAAGUUAAAAAGGAUGGCAGGAGGAACGCCAUGCUCUCAAGGAGGCUGACGGAGGAGGAGGGUAAAGACCUGCCUCUCUCAGCUGCGGGCUCCUCUCUCAGAAUCCGCAGGGCAACCACAUCCAGGGCAGAGAGAAUCUGGCCCGGAGGGGUCAUACCCUACGUCAUUGGAGGAAAUUUCACUGGAAGCCAAAGAGCUAUUUUUAAACAGGCCAUGAGGCACUGGGAGAAGCACACCUGCGUGACUUUUGUGGAGAGGACUGACGAGGAGAGCUUCAUUGUGUUCACGUACAGAACCUGUGGUUGCUGCUCAUAUGUGGGACGCCGAGGGGGUGGUCCCCAGGCCAUAUCCAUCGGCAAGAACUGUGAUAAGUUUGGCAUCGUGGCCCACGAGCUGGGCCACGUGGUUGGGUUUUGGCAUGAGCACACGCGGCCCGACCGGGACCAGCAUGUCACGAUCAUCAGAGAAAACAUACAGCAAGGUCAGGAGUACAACUUCUUAAAGAUGGAAGCUGGGGAAGUGAAUUCUCUGGGAGAGACCUAUGACUUUGACAGCAUCAUGCACUACGCCCGGAACACCUUCUCAAGAGGGGUCUUCCUGGACACCAUUCUUCCCCGUCGAGAUGACAAUGGGGUUCGGCCAACUAUCGGUCAGCGCAUUCGGCUGAGUCAGGGAGACAUUGCUCAGGCGAGGAAGUUGUACAAGUGCCCAGCUUGUGGGGAGACCUUGCAGGACACGACGGGGAAUUUCUCUGCUCCUGGUUUUCCAAAUGGCUAUCCUUCCUAUUCCCAUUGCGUGUGGAGAAUAUCUGUGACUCCUGGGGAGAAGAUCAUUUUAAAUUUUACGUCGAUGGACUUGUUUAAAAGUCGCCUGUGCUGGUAUGAUUAUGUGGAGGUGCGUGAUGGCUACUGGAGGAAGGCUUCCUUGCUAGGUAGAUUUUGUGGUGACAAAGUCCCCGAGCCUCUUAUCUCCACGGACAGCAGGCUGUGGAUCGAGUUCCGGAGCAGCAGCAAUAUCCUGGGCAAAGGCUUCUUUGUGGUUUAUGAAGCAAUUUGUGGUGGAGAAAUUCACAAGGAUGCUGGCCAGAUUCAGUCUCCCAAUUACCCAGAUGACUACCGACCUUCCAAAGAGUGCGUCUGGAGGAUCACGGUUUCCGAGGGGUUUCAUGUAGGACUCACAUUCCAAGCAUUUGAGAUUGAGAGGCACGACAGUUGUGCUUAUGACUACCUGGAAAUCCGAGACGGCCCCACUGAGGACAGCCCUUUGAUUGGACACUUUUGCGGCUACGAGAAGCCAGAAGAUAUCAAAUCCAGCUCAAAUAAAGUGUGGAUGAAGUUUGCAUCUGAUGGGUCCAUCAAUAAAGCAGGGUUUGCAGCAAAUUUCUUUAAAGAGGUGGAUGAAUGUUCUCGGCCAGACAACGGUGGGUGUGAGCAGCGCUGUGUGAACACACUGGGCAGCUACAAGUGCGCCUGUGAACCUGGCUACGAGCUGACGGCUGAUAAAAAGAGCUGUGAGGCUGCCUGUGGGGGCUUCAUCACCAAGCUCAAUGGGACCAUCACGAGCCCUGGGUGGCCCAAGGAAUAUCCCACUAACAAAAACUGCAUCUGGCAGGUGGUCGCUCCAGCCCAGUACCGGAUCUCUCUGCAGUUUGAAGUCUUUGAGCUGGAAGGCAAUGAUGUCUGUAAAUACGACUACGUGGAGGUUCGCAGCGGGCUUGCUUCCGAUUCCAAGCUCCAUGGCAAAUUCUGCGGCUCAGAGAAGCCGGAAGUGAUCACAUCCUAUAGCAACAACCUGAGACUGGAGUUCAAAUCGGACAACGCAGUAUCCAAAAAGGGAUUCAAAGUGCACUUCUUUUCUGAUAAAGACGAAUGCUCCAAAGACAACGGCGGAUGUCAGCAUGAAUGUGUCAACACGUUUGGGAGCUACGUCUGCCAGUGCAGGAAUGGGUUCAUGCUGCAUGAAAACGGCCACGAUUGCAAAGAAGCUGGCUGUGAGCACAAAGUGAGCAGUGCAGAAGGAACAAUGGCGAGUCCAAACUGGCCUGAUAAGUACCCCAGCCGGAAGGAAUGCACCUGGAACAUUUCCGCGACUCCUGGCCACCGGGUGAAAAUCACAUUCAAUGAGUUUGAGAUUGAGCAGCACCAGGAGUGUGCCUACGACCACUUGGAAAUGUACGACGGCCCCAACAGCAAGUCGCCCAUCCUUGGCCGCUUCUGUGGCAGCAAGAAACCGGAUCCGGUGGUGGCGUCUACUAACAAGAUGUUCCUCAGGUUUUACUCUGAUGCAUCUGUGCAAAGAAAAGGCUUCCAGGCAAAGCAUAGCACAGAGUGCGGCGGGCGCCUGAAGGCUGACGUACGAACUAAAGAGCUGUAUUCCCAUGCCCAGUUUGGGGAUAACAAUUACCCAGGCCAGUCCAACUGCGACUGGGUUAUCGUGGCAGAAGAUGGCUACGGAGUCGAAUUAAUAUUUCAGACGUUUGAACUAGAGGAGGAGGCCGACUGUGGCUACGACUACAUGGAGAUCUACGACGGCUAUGACAGCACCGCACCCCGCCUGGGACGCUUCUGUGGCUCAGGGCCCCUGGAAGAAAUCUACUCUGCAGGGGAUUCCAUCAUGAUCCGAUUCCAUACGGAUGACACCAUCAAUAAGAAAGGCUUUCAUGCCCGAUACACAAGUACCAAAUUUCAGGACGCGCUGCACAUGAGAAAGUAG